CUUUUAAGAAGCUCUAGUUCUCUGUUGUACUUCAGGGACAUUUUUAAAAGUUUCACUAACCUGCGACAGUGGACUCAGUGGGGAUGGUCAUGGUUAAGAAAGCUUUGAGAAAUGACAGCAGGUACACACUGAUGUACAGCAGCCAGAGACACAGGAGGAGCGUUGCCCCGGCCAGAACCAUCAGGACCCGCAGCCAGGUGGUCAGCAGCAGUAGCUCCCUCCACACACUCCCAGUGGAGGUGUUCAACAUGAUCCUGGAUCAGCUGACAGUGCUGGAGAUCAGUGUCUUUAGCAUGGUGUCCAAAGAAAUCACUCAAUGCAUCUUGGACUACAUCUCCACUGCGGCCUGGAAGAAUAAAAUGAUCACCCAAAGAUUUCACCACUCCACCUGCAAGGAGCAGAUAUCCACUAUUGGGCACUACAGAAGUCUGGGUUUAUUAUUCAAGAGAUGUACACUUCUGCUACCAACAAAGGAAAGGUUGAAGUUUAUCUUUAAGAGGUUCUCUCAGAUUCCCUGCUUCAUGUUAGAGCAGUGUCCAAUUCCCAACUGCAUCGGUUUCUCCAGCUGUGGUGUCUUGCUCAAGACACUGAUUGCAGGCUGGGAUGAGCUGGAGUGCCACAGAGUGUUCAACUUCCUGUGUGAGCUCACAAACCUGCUGCAAAAAGUGGAGGCAGUUAUCUCUGCAAAACCAGGGGUGAGGAGGUACCAGGAGGUGCAGUUCCGUCUGUUCUGUCGUCAGGUUCUGUUGGAUCCGUGGCUGAACCAGCCAGAGUGUCAGUUCUGGCUAACACAACUUCUGAGGCCUUGGCCCCUGGUCACCCAGGCUCACUUGCUGUUCAUCCUCUACGGACCACAGCUGCCUGAGGGUAGUCUGGGUUGGCAGGAUCUGUUAGAGACAGGGCUGCCUCACACGACCCUGUGGGACCUGGCCCAGGCCAUCCUCCUGCUGUUAGGCAAACUAGAAGUCAAAGGCUGGAGCAACGAAUCGAUGCUGGCGAUCCUGGAGGAGCUCAUCGUCAUUCCCCAGCCGUGGCAUGUGGAAAACGUGGCUCGUCUCUUGGUACUGUGCGGCAGCAAUCUCUGCUACACCGUCCUGGCCAGCAAGGCCCUGAACGGACGCCUCCAGGAGAUCUCCAGACUCAUCGUCUACAUGAUACUGGUGUGUGAGAAGGAGGGCUACCACAUGAGCUGGGCGGUGAAGUUGGUACGACAGCUUUGUAACGUCUUUAACACCACUCCUGAAAAGUUCUACUUCAUCCAACAACUGGAGAACAUGUUUGUAGAAGUCACCAGGGAGUUCUUUGAUUUUUAUGUCACAGGGAACCACCUUGGAGACAGGGAGAAUUUCCAGACGCUGUGUAUCCUCAUGGAGUCCAGCGCUCGCUUCCACACCAAAUUCCUCCACAUGCUGCUGAAAUAGGACUCAUGAGGAUUGAAAGUGACACGAUGUGGAGCAGAGUAAGAAGAGAUGGAGGAGAAAGACACGGCAAUAACAAAGGAGAGUAACUAUAGAGAGACAGAGCGCGAUAAGAUGUUUACAACAGUCCUAAGAAUUGAACAUUGGUGGUGUUGCCAUGGUUGGUUUGAAAGUUCAGAGAAAUCGGAGGAUGGAUUUUGCUGACAGUUCACUACAUGCUAUAAACAAGAUUGCAUUUGCUUAAUUAUUUAAACAAACUGCACAGUUAUUUAUACGAAUGACAUUUGUCUCAAUUAAAUAUCUAUGGUCGCUUUUAACAUCUUGGAUAUUUAUAAACAGUUCUUAAUAUUUAUUCAUUAACAGUAACAAUAUUUAUUUGAUGCUAUUUAUUCACGUUGCCUCUCUGUGUAAAUAUAGU